AUUCUAUUACCCUGUCGGCGCACCUCGUCGAGCAACUACGACGGCCACCGAAGGGAGUGCUGCGGAGGCCGGGGGGAGGGCCCCGGCUGGCGAGCCCGCGGCCGCCUUCACUCGUCACUUCACUCAUCUCAUCACUUCACUCAUCACCGCGCUUAAAUACGGGCACUUACUUGUCUUCUUGUUUGAUUCGACCAUUUUAAUUUAAUUGUAAUUCUUAACGGCAUUAAAGCCUAUGUUUAUAUAUACAGUCCACACGUUUUAUUUAUAAGGUCCCAUUAGGGCUCCUACAGUUUGGUCCAUCGAUCGUCCAAAUUAACGCCAGUCGUGUCGUUAAAAUUCGUCGAUUUCGCAUCGUCAUUUUCAACGGUCAACGGUCAUCGCCGAUGCCGCGUGGAACUUCACCGUGGCCACCGAAAACCGAACAUUGAAGACAAAGGAGUCGUCCCCGUGCAGCGUACUUGUCCUUGGAAGGAGCUGAAGUCAUUUUCUGGGAGUAUAACUACUUAUUUGAGUGAGACGUUCCAAUAAGUUACUUUUUCCCAAUUUUUCUUAGUGAAUAAUCGUUUUUUUUUCCUUAUUUCAUUGAGCAAGUACAUUUCCCCCUUCACUAGUUAUUUCUUGGUAAUAGUGCUUUAACGUAGUGUUUUAUUUCAACGCUUCUUCAUUAUUCCGUAAUUUGUAGCAACAUAUAUGCGCGCACGCAAAUCACCGUUACACAGGUGUUAACGCGACCUUGAUCGAUCUCUGCAUUAGAACCGGUCCCUUUUGUUUGCGCACAGCUGCUUUGCCAUUUUUUCAAUAAGAAGCUCAUUAUUACUAUCUAUCGCCUUACUGCAAAACACGUGUGAUUUUUUCUUUGUUAAUUGCACUUCAAAAUGGCGGACACUUUAAAGACUUUGCUUAGGAAACGUAGUUCGCUAAAAUCAAAGCUUACAAUUUACAGUAACUAUCUAAGUUUAAUUAAAAGUAGUGCACAGAUAUCUGGGUUGCAACGAUUGGACCUGCAGGAACGUUUUAAUAAGUUCGAUUCCUUACAUAGCCAAUUUGAUGAAUUGCAGACAGAAAUCGAAUUGCUUGCCGACGAUGCUGAGACUGCUUUCGUGGAACGUGAGGACUUCGACCGCCAGUUCUUCAAUCUGGUGGCACUCACGCGCAGCCUGCUCGGUUCUUCGGUCAACGGUGCUGGUUCUGAGGCGGGCUUCAAAGAUGCUGACUCAGGUGCACAUGUUUCUAAUAGCUUUGUUCGUUUGCCAAAGAUUGAUUUGCCUCAUUUUGAUGGGAACUACCAAUGCUGGCUCGAGUUCCGUGACACGUUUACGUCAUUAAUUCACGAUAACGCUAGUAUAAAUAACAUCAAUAAAUUCCACUAUUUGCGUGCUUCGUUACAGGGCACUGCAGCCUCUUUAAUCAAAAAUAUUGAGUUUAGAAGUGAUCAUUAUAUGAUUGCUUGGGACUUGUUAUGCGAGCGGUACAACAAUGAGUACCUGCUUGUGGCUAAUCAUUUGCAAGCUUUAUUUUUCGAUGUCAAGUCCGUAAGCAGGGAAUCUAGUGUCUCGAUUAGAAGUCUUGUUGAUGUUAUUAAUAGAAAUAUUCGGGCACUAGCAAAUUUAAAAAGGCCCACUCAGCAUUGGGAUGACAUCAUAAUUUUUGUAAUGGUUAAAAAGCUAGAUUUAAUUACAAGUCGUGAAUGGGAGGAAUACAGGAAUAACAAUAUAGAAGGUUAUCCAACAAUUACUCAAUUUUGUUCUUUUCUAAACAGGAAAGCAGACUGGUUGGAAUCUGUGGAAUGUAACAUAAUUAAUAAUAUUCAGGAUAGUAAUAUUGUUGCCUUGAAUAGUAAUAUUAAAUUAAAUAAAAAUAAUUCUAUUAAGCCUAAAAAUUCUAAUCAAAUUAAUAAAAAUAGUAAAUGUCCACUUUGCUCCCAAGUACAUACUUUGUAUAAAUGUGAAUUUUUUAGAAACUUGUCUAUAGAAAAUCGCAUACAAAAGGCAAAAGACUUAACUGUUUGUCUUAACUGCUUACGCACUGGGCAUUCCGCUAAGCAUUGUAAAUUUUCAAAUUGCAGAUAUUGCAAAUUUAAGCACAAUACGCUUUUGCAUUUAGAAUCUAGCGAACCCAAACCACUUUCUAACCCUUUGCCUUCUGCACUGCUUUCUGCAUCGCCAUCUACUUCAGAUGUUGCGCUUUCAGCAAAUUCUAUGCAGCUUGCUACCUCUUCGCAUGUUUUCCUGUCCACAGCUUUGGUGAACGUGACCAGUGCGACGGGUAAGAAGUACACUGCGCGCCUACUGCUGGACAACGGCAGUACGGCGAACUUUGUCACGCAGAGUUUAGCGGAGAAACUGGGUUUGUCACAACGCGGUAUGAGCACCAAGGUGACUGAUGCCAACAUCACGAGCCUCGAUCGCUGGAAGAGGAUCCAGUACAUCAGACAGCAUUUCUGGAGACGCUUCCAUAAUGAGUACACUUCUCUGCUGCAGGCCAAAUCAAAGUGGUUCCAUUCCAGAGGUGAAGUUAAGCCAGGGUCCUUAGUCCUAAUCAAGGACAAGACGACGCCACCACUGCUCUGGUCCCUGGGUCGGGUCACUAAGACCUAUCCCGGCGUUGACGGAGUUACGCGGGUGGUGGAACUGAAGACAAGGAGGGGCACCAUCCGUCGUGCCUUCAACUGCAUCUGCCCUCUCCCUAUUGAAAAUGUUUGAAGUACGAGCAUCCUUCAACCCGGGGAGUAUGUCGGCGCACCUCGUCGAGCAACUACGACGGCCACCGAAGGGAGUGCUGCGGAGGCCGGGGGGAGGGCCCCGGCUGGCGAGCCCGCGGCCGCCUUCACUCGUCACUUCACUCAUCUCAUCACUUCACUCAUCACCGCGCUUAAAUACGGGCACUUACUUGUCUUCUUGUUUGAUUCGACCAUUUUAAUUUAAUUGUAAUUCUUAACGGCAUUAAAGCCUAUGUUUAUAUAUACA